AUGGCAGCUGCCGGGCCGACGACGGGGUCGCGGCGGGCGCCGCCCCCGCGGGCCCGGGCCAGAAGAAGAGCGGGGAGGCGGCGCCCGCGCGCAGCCACGCGGCGCCUGCGGCCGACUUCUUCCAGACGCCGCUCAGCUCGUACUUCGCUCCCUCCGGCGACGACCCGUUCCCGACGAGUCGGGGAGACCUCGCUGUUCGCGGGCGGGCCCUGGCGGGCGGCCUCUCCGGCGGCUGGCGGCUCGCCCCGCCGCUCCGAGAGCUCCACGGCCCGCGACGAGGCGCUGGCGCGCGCGCUGGCGCGGGAGGAUGGGGAUCCCGCGGACGCCGCGCUGGCGCGGCGCCUCGCCCUGGCGCCGGAGGGAGGCCUGGCGGAGCCGUGGCAGGCGCCCGCCAGCGCGCACGAGGCGGUGCCAGGCCACGCGGACUUCGGCACGGACCAGGGCAUGAUAUUCGUCGCCUGCGAUAUUGCCGGGACCCGGACCGAGAUGAUGGUGGACACUGGGGCGCAGAUGUCGGUCAUAUCCCUGCCGACGGCGCGGCGCCUGGGCCUCAUGGGCCGCCUCGACCAGUCCCAGCAAGGGGUUGCGGCCGGCGUCGGGCACGCCAGGAUCUACGGCAAGCUGCGGCGCGUGCCGAUCAGGUUGGGGCACGUGGAGUUCGAACUCGACCUGUCGGUGCUCGGAGUGGACGACGACCUGCUGAUGCUCGGCAUCGACCAGAUGCACCGGUUCAACGUCAUCGUCGACUUACAGCAGAGGUGCCUGGUGUUCGGCGGCAGGGACGGCAUCGAGGUCCCCUUCCUGCCGCCCCGGCCGCGCGUGCCGAGGCUCAGUGCCGGGUGCCCGCAGAUGUGA